CACUGUGUCGAGGCAGAGCCUCAUGAAGUGCAUUUCGUGGGAGAUCUCGUGGACACCGAUAACGACAGCUGUCCAUCCGACUCUGUCAACCACUGUUCGGUUUCACGACAUCUCAAUCCGCUAUCUGAAGACCCUCGUCUGAUGGUAGUUACUGCGCGAACAUAUAAUCGUAAUACGUCGAAGGUGGAAGUUCUUGCACUGCUCCUCGACAGCGGUGCACAACACAGUUUUAUCAAGGAAGAUAUUGCGCGUAAGCUCGGACUGGCCUUCAAAGAUCCGCAGCCAGUCACGACAAAAAGUUUCGGGGGACACACUACCACCGAAACUUCCUACACUGUUUCACUUACUCUUCGAGAUCAGGCAGACGCAGAGAUGCGCCUAAUCCUGACCACUCGAAAAGUUAUUACGUCCGUUCGAGCAAAUGCUCAUGUUUCACGUCGAAACAUCAAAUUACUACGCCAUUCCAAUAAGUCUAUGGCCACAGGAGACAUCGAGAUUGACGUUCUCAUUGGCAUAGAUCAUUAUUGGAAGAUUGUCGACUUGAGCAAAACUCAAAGGUUGUCAUCAGGACUUACCUUAGUGCAUACGCGCUUCGGUCCUGUGACGUCCGGAUUGGAAGAGCCUCGCAACAAACGUACGUAUUCCAAGUCCCUAUCGGUUUGCGGUUUGGAAUCGCGUUCGGAACAGGACGGUCCCGACCCGGACGUUAGACAACUAUGGGAGCUUGAAUUCAUCGGGAUCACAGACAGCAUGAGCCCACGUCAGGACGAGCAGGUUAAUGCCGAAGUCGUCCAGCGCUAUACGAUACUGUUCAGGUUAUUGACGGCAUUAUUCACGUCAGUUUCCAUGGAAGAAAGAAUCAUCCGCGCGUUUAGAAUAUCAAUACGUGACGCUUCCGCAACCAACCAGAAGUUGUGGAAACAAUAUUGCGUAACAUUUCAGAACCAGGAAAGAUCAGGCAUCAUUGAAGAGGUAGCCGAGUUCGACUUUGAUGGACCUCAGGUGUACUAUAUGCCACACCAAGCGGUCCUAAAAGCCGACAGCACAACUACUGCAGUGAGGAUUGUCUUUGAUGCUUCCAGUCAUUGUAAGAACUCACCGAGCCUUAAUGACUGUUUGCAUCAAGGACCCACACUGCUACCAGAUCUUGCU